AUGUCGAAAAUCACAGUCGCCGGAGUGCGCCAAAACGUGCAACAACUUCUCGACUACUCUCUCAACGAGAAGAAGCGUAACUUCCUCGAGACCGUCGAGCUCCAGAUCGGCCUGAAGAACUAUGACCCCCAGCGCGACAAGCGUUUCUCUGGCACGGUCAAGCUACCCACCGUCCCUCGCCCCAACAUGGCACUCUGCAUCCUCGGUGACCAACACGACAUCGACCGGGCCAAACACCACGGCGUCGACGCCAUGUCGGCCGACGACCUGAAGAAGCUCAACAAGAACAAGAAGCUGGUCAAGAAGCUGGCGCGCAAGUACGACGCCUUCGUCGCCUCCGACACGCUCAUGCGCCAGAUCCCGCGUCUCCUCGGGCCCGGCCUCUCCAAGGCCGGCAAGUUCCCCACCCCGAUCACGCACGCCGAGGAUCUGAACGUCAAGAUGACCGAGGUGCGGAGCACCAUCAAGUUCCAGCUGAAGAAGGUGCUGUGUAUGGGCGUGGCGGUGGGCAAUGUCGGCAUGACCGAGGAUGAGCUGAUCAGUAAUAUCAUGUUGGCCAUCAAUUACCUGGUCAGUCUGUUGAAGAAGGGCUGGCAGAAUGUGGGGAGCUUGACCAUCAAGGCGAGCAUGAGCCCGCCGAAGAGGUUGUACUAG